GAGUCGUGAAUCAAAAUCGACCGACAUGAAUGAAUGCAAUGUGGAGUGAGUGAUACGGUCCACACAUGAGAUUCAUUUCAUAAUGCACUGAAAACUGCGUCUGGCGUGACUGGAGAAGCCAACAAUGGCCGAGAAGAACGCACCCGUCUCCAUGGACCACGUUCUCGCCGCGUCGCGGGAGACCAAGGAGGAGCGUGAGGCUAGAAUCCGCACUUUGUUCACUUUCUUCGACUCCAAAAAUCUAGGGUAUAUCGGUCCCGCCCAAAUCCAAAGCGGCCUGUCGGCGAUGCGAAUUCCGGCGGAUUACAAGUUCGCCAAGGAGCUGUUGGAAGCGUGCGACGCCAAUCAGGACGAUACGGUUGAUUAUCAGGAGUUUCGGAAGUACAUGGAUGAUAAGGAGCUGGAGCUCUACAGGAUUUUCCAGGCGAUCGACGUCGAGCGCGACGGCGGCAUUGUGCCGGAGGAGUUGUUAGCUGCUCUUGUUAAGGCUGGGAUAGAAGUUAAAGAUAAUGAGCUUGCAAGGUUUGUGGAGCAUGUAGAUAAAGACAAUAAUGGAGUGAUUACUUUCAAAGAGUGGAGGGAUUUUCUGCUGCUUUACCCACAUGAGGCCACCAUAGAGAACAUCUAUCACUAUUGGGAAAGGGUGUAUCUUGUAGAUAUUGGUGAGCAUGCUGUGAUUCUUGAAGGUAUCAGUAAACAUGCUAAUGCAACCAAGUAUCUAAUCGCUGGAGGAGUCGCUGGAGCUGCUUCCCGAACUGCCACUGCCCCUCUUGAUCUACUAAAGGUGAUCUUUCAAGUCCAGACUAAGCACGUUCCAUUUGGUUAUGCUGUUCAAAGCAUAUGGAAGGAGGGUGGUCUUUUAGGUUUCUUUCGAGGUAAUGGGCUAAAUGUCUUAAAGGUUGGACCGGAGAGUGCUAUCAAGUUUUACACUUAUGAAAAGCUGAAAAUUAUAAUUGGGGAUGCUAAUGGGGGUUCAGGAAUUUUGGGCCUACUCACUGCUGGUGGGUUGGCAGGAGCGGUGGCACAAACCUCUAUUUAUCCAAUGGAUCUUGUCAAAACACGAUUACAAACAUAUUCUUCCAACAGAGGGAGUGCUCCAAAUAUUGGGAAACUAGCUAGAGAUAUUUGGGUUCAGGAGGGACCUCGAGCCUUUUAUAAAGGGUUGAUACCAUCUCUUCUUGGAAUUAUUCCUUAUGCAGGCAUUGACCUUGCUGCUUACGAGACCUUGAAAGAUUUUUCCAGUAAAUAUAUUCUUCAUGAUGAUGAACCUGGGAUUCUUGUGCAACUCGGUUGUGGAACAAUUUCCGGAGCUCUUGGAGCAACAUGUGUCUACCCACUGCAGGUGGUAAGAACAAGGAUGCAGGCUCAACGAACUCAGAUCAGCAUGUCGGAUGUAUUCAAGAAUACUUAUCGGAUGGAAAAGUUGAGAGGCUUCUAUAAAGGGAUUUUCCCAAAUCUUCUCAAAGUUGUGCCAUCAGCAAGCAUCACAUAUCUGGUUUAUGAAACCAUGAAAAAGGGUUUGCAUCUUGACUAGUUCAUGCUUUCUUUCCCAGUACUUGUUUGUAUGUUGUGCAAAGCUGGUGAUAUUGGUAAUGCCGAAUAUGCGAGCAUUCUUGAGGUUUCUGACAUUUCGAUAAUUAUCGAUUCCUGAGAAUAGCUCAAGAGGUGUGGCUAUUCUAUAUUGGAUCAGGCAGUUGAUUGUUGUUUAUUUUUUGUCAAUUAUAAAAUUUCCAUGGGUUUUACUUGGUUUAUAAA